AUGGCCUCCACCUCCUCCUCCCGACGCAGCUCAUCCUCCUCCAACUUCAGCACCACCACCACCAGCAGAAGCGGUUCACAUUUCUCCCACUACUCACACUCACACCAUUCUUCGACGCCAUCGCCAUACUCCAGCGCCGCCUCCAGCUUCGCAGGUAUAGGCCCCACCAUCACCAUCAAUACCACCUCCAGCGCGGCCAGCAGCCGUUCUUCCUCCUCCGCACCGUCGCCUUCAUCAGCAUCAGGCCCCUAUACAGCUAGCGAGGCGGCGAGGGAUGCCCAGAUGGGAGCGUCGAUUUUGGCUUGGCCGGCGGAUGAGGUGUGGGUUGCUCCUAAGAUUUGA